AUGAAUAGGAAAAAUAAGAUUAUGCUUAUUCCGAGUAUUAGGAUGCAUCCUAUGUAUUAUUACCGUGUAUCUAAAGAUCUUAUUACUACAGAUGUGUCCACUUUAAAAUUAUGUAGUAAAAGAGAGAAAAAAAAUUUGUUAUAUUUUCUUAUGAAGUCUUUUAUAUUUAUCCUUUUAAUUUGGAUAUUAAAAUUUUAUAAUAAUUGGGAUUCUUAUAAAUCAUGGAAUCACGAAAAUGGCUUAAAAAAUGUGUUGGAUUUGGGAUACAAAAGAUCAUUGGCAGAAAGCAAUGAUGCAAUAAAACAAACGAAAAAAGGAUUAAAUUACCAUGAUCAACAUGAUAUAUUAGAAACAUAUUCGGAAUCAAGAAAUGAGAAAAAUGAAAUAGAAGAAAAUAUAGAUGUAGAACAAGAAGGUGAAAUAGAGACAGAAAGGAAAAAUCAAAAUGUAAAAUUAAUCGAGAGAACCUUAGACAAAUGUAAAAGCAAUUUAAAACUCUUUUUACUGGGCUUUUCUAUUCUUUUAUCGCUUUUAUCCCUUGUAUUAUAUACAUUUUUUUUUUUAUUUGAAAUCUAUAGUAUAGAAUCUCCUAGUUUUAUUCUAUUCACUUUAUGUCAUUUAAUAAUUUCAACCCUUUUAAUACUAGAACGAAUAGAAAUUAAAUAUGUAAAAAAAUUUAAAUAA